AAAAAACCUCUCUCUUUCUCGGCCUCGCAUAUAUAAAUCGGCUUUCGCCGUUGCUUCAUUUUCUCUGCUUCAUCUAUCUCUGUUUCUCUUUGCUCUCCUCCUUUUCGAGUUCCGCCUCCGAUCAGGGUUUUCCUUACGUCCGUCGCAGCCAUGUCUCUGAGGCCAAACGCGAGGACUGAGGUCCGCAAGAAGAGUUACAAAGUCGCCGUGGACGCCGAUGAGGCCCGGCGGAAGAGGGAAGACAACAUGGUGGAGAUCAGGAAGAACAAGAGGGAGGAGAAUCUUCUGAAGAAGAGGAGGGAGGGUAUGCAAGCCCAGGCCUUCGUGCCCACCAUGCAGGCAACUGCCAUGGAGAAGAAGUUAGAGUCUCUUCCUGCAAUGAUUGCGGGGGUUUGGACAGAGGACAGCAACCUGCAGUUAGAAGCAACUACACAAUUUAGAAAGCUUCUUUCGAUAGAGCGCAGCCCCCCAAUUGAAGAAGUAAUUCAAGCUGGUGUCGUACCACGGUUCGUGGAGUUUCUUACUCGAUCAGAUUUUCCUCAGCUUCAGUUUGAGGCGGCUUGGGCUUUGACAAACAUUGCCUCUGGAACUUCGGAGAACACAAGAGUUGUGAUUGAUCAUGGCGCAGUUCCCAUUUUUGUUCAGUUGCUUUAUUCCUCCAGCGAUGAUGUCAGGGAACAGGCUGUGUGGGCUUUAGGAAAUGUUGCAGGAGACUCUCCAAAAUGUCGAGAUUUGGUGCUCAGCCAUGGUGCCUUACUCCCAUUAUUGGCGCAACUAAAUGAGCAUGCCAAACUGUCCAUGUUAAGGAAUGCCACUUGGACUCUAUCGAACUUCUGUCGAGGCAAGCCUCAGCCACCAUUUGAGCAGACAAAACCUGCACUUCCUGCACUUCAGCGCCUUAUUCAUUCAGCAGAUGAGGAGGUGUUGACUGAUGCAUGUUGGGCACUUUCUUAUCUUUCUGAUGGAACAAACGACAAAAUACAAGCAGUUAUUGAUGCGGGGGUCUGCCCCAGACUUGUUGAGCUUCUUCUUCACCCCUCACCUUCGGUUCUCAUUCCUGCACUUCGUACUGUGGGGAACAUUGUUACUGGUGAUGAUCAGCAAACUCAGUAUGUGAUCAAUCACCAAGCACUGCCCUGCUUGUUGACUCUUCUGACACAUAAUCAUAAGAAAAGCAUAAAGAAGGAAGCAUGCUGGACAAUUUCCAACAUCACUGCUGGCAACAAGCAACAGAUACAGGCUGUGAUUGAUGCUGAGAUCAUCCAUCCGCUUGUCCAGUUGCUUCAAACGGCUGAGUUUGACAUCAAGAAGGAAGCAGCUUGGGCAAUCUCAAAUGCCACUUCUGGUGGCACGCAUGAUCAGAUAAAGUACCUUGUGAGUCAAGGUUGCAUCAAGCCAUUGUGUGAUCUUCUGGUUUGCCCGGACCCCAGGAUCGUGACAGUUUGCCUUGAAGGACUAGAGAACAUAUUGAAGGUCGGGGAAGCGGAGAAAAAUAUGGGCAAUACAGGAGGCGUGAAUUUGUAUGCUCAGUUGAUUGAUGAUGCUGAGGGUUUGGAUAAGAUUGAGAAUCUGCAGUCUCAUGACAACACAGAGAUCUAUGAGAAGGCUGUUAAAAUACUUGAGACCUACUGGUUGGAGGAGGAAGAUGAGACGCUGCCUCCAGGGGACCAGUCUCAAGUAACAUUCCGCUUUGGGGAGACUGAGCUCCCAUCUCAGGGUGCAAGGUUUAAUUUCUCCUAGAGGUAGUAGCCUACCGUACGCCUCCAGUGCUCAUUGUCUUGCUAUGAUGCAACUUAUGCCAGCGUCUUGUUGUACGCAGAGUGGAUGGACCGCAUGUCGUCAGUCUGGUGUCGUUGCCGAGGUCUUCCACUACUGGUUGCAAGGGUACAGCCAGUAGUCGGGUCUUGUUUGAUUGUCGGGAGGUAUGUCCACGUAGAACUGGCACUCCCUUCGCUGGACUCAGCGGUGGUGUGCUGGUCCAGCAGUGGUGGUCAAGGUCGAGGUGGUGGUUCUGCCACUGUCAUUGGCGGGUGUCAGGUGGUGAAUCGAGGUAAAAUAGUAUUAUUUUUCUUUGUUCCUCCUAUUUUGCCUAUCUGUGUAAGGGAUGGUCAGGGUUUGGGUUGCCGUAGCUUGUGGGGCUUCUUUUGAGAUUCAUGUGUUUUUUAGUUGGAAGGGUCUUUGAGGGGGUCCUCGGAAAAAGAUAUUGUAACGAGUUCUUUUUAGAAGGUAUUAGCUGCUGUCCAACAAUGAAGAGUAAGUCUUUUUAUUUGUA